GUAAUGGUGUGCGUAUAGCCAUAGGGAGCGAGGUUAAAUGUGAUGAAGUGGGGGAAAGGGGCAUGUAUGGUAUCGCGAGUGUAGGUGGAAUUGAAGAGGCGAGUGAGAUCUGAUAAAAAAAAAAGAAAAAUGCAUUUGAGCGAGAACGAAGGGAUAGAGGGGAAGGGGUUCGUGGUCACGGGUGGACUGGGAUUCGUAGGAUCUGCUCUCUGCUUGGAGCUCAUCCGAAGAGGUGCGAGAGAGGUGCGAGCCUUUGACCUCCGCCCCUCUUCUCCUUGGUCCCCUCUUCUCAAGGAUAACGGAGUCCUCUGCAUCCAAGGCGAUGUUGGCCGCAAAGAAGACGUGGAAAGGGCUCUCCGCGGGGCAGAGUGUGUGUUCCACCUCGCGGCCUUUGGAAUGUCGGGCAAAGAGAUGCUCCAAUUCGGUCGCGUUGAUCAAGUCAACAUAAACGGCACUUGCCACGUCAUCGACGCUUGCCUCGACCUCGGCAUCAAAAGGCUCGUGUACUGCAGCACAUACAACGUUGUCUUCGGCGGUCAACAGAUCAUCAACGGGAACGAGACGCUGCCUUAUUUCCCAAUCGAUAACCAUGUCGACGCAUAUGGCCGCAGUAAAUCCAUUGCCGAACAGCUCGUUCUCAAGAACAAUGCCCGCUCUUUCAAGAACCACUCCGGGAAUCGUCUCUACACUUGUGCCCUUCGUCCAGCUGCAAUCUAUGGACCCGGCGAAGACAGGCACCUCCCCAGGAUAGUAGCCAUGGCAAAGUUGGGUCUCCUUUUCUUCCGAAUCGGUGACCCAACUGUGAAAUCGGAUUGGCUUUUUGUCGAUAACCUUGUCCUUGCUCUUAUUCUUGCCAGUAUGGGACUUUUGGAUCACAACCUUGCCAAGGGAAAACGCCCCGUAGCUGCUGGACAGGCCUACUUUAUAUCCGAUGGUUCCCCGGUCAAUUCUUUUGAGUUCCUUCAACCUCUACUUAGGAGUUUGGAUUAUGAACUACCAAACACUUCCCUAUCUGUGGAUCGUGCUCUUGUUCUUGGGAGGAUUUGCUCGGCUGUUUACACAAUCCUAUAUCCAUGGCUCGAUCGGUGGUGGCUUCCACAGCCAUUCAUCCUUCCCUCUGAAGUACACAAGGUGGGGGUGACUCAUUAUUUCUCUUAUCUCAAAGCCAAAGAGGAGAUCGGGUAUGUUCCCAUGGUGAGCCCGAGAGAGGGGAUGGCUUCGACCAUAUCUUACUGGCAGGAGAGGAAAAGGAAAACUCUGGAUGGUCCAACAAUGCGCGAGUGGUUAUUCUGUGUCAUUGGAAUGAUCUCACUGUUUUGCGGUGCUUUCUUACCUGACAUAGGGAUUAUAUCCCUUCUCAGAGCUUUGUGUCUAUUUUUCUUUCGCUCAAUGUGGGUCACAAGGCUGGUGUUUCUUCUAGCUACAGCUGCACAUGUUGGUGAGGCCAUUUAUGCUUGGUACCUGGCUAAAAGGGUGGAUCCUGCCAAUGCAAGAGGAUGGUUUUGGCAAACUUUUGCUUUGGGGAUAUUUUCGUUGCGUUUACUCUUGAAAAGAGCAAGGAAAUAAGUAAGCACCCCACAUGCUUUUUUAGAUUACUUGUACAAUUACAGUGCAGGUUAUGAAAUGAAUACUCUUCCCCGUCGACUGCAUUGCAUGACAAAAUGGAUACUACCAUUACCAAUAUAUUCAACUAUCUUAGCGCUAGGAAAUAUACACAGA